UUGGUGGGCGGAUGAUGGACAAAAUCGGAAGGAAGCGGUGCAUUGCCAUCUCUGGGAUUGUCAUGGCUGUAAGUCAGGCAGGUUUAGGAGUGUACUCCUUUUGUGAGGCAACCCCUGGCUUGGAACACUUCGUGGUUCAGUACAAUUGGAUGCCAGUGGCUCUUCUAACUAUCACUCAAGUAGGAUUCAAUUUUUGCAUGGCCACUCUCGUAUUCGUUUUGGUCGGUGAAAUCAUACCUGUGCAAAUCAAAAACUACGUGAGUGGAUUCUUAAACGCGGCCAUUGAGUGCACGAAUUCUGCAGCCCUGGAAAGUUUCCAUUACAUGGUCAUGGAUUUGGGGAUGCAUGGAACAUUGUGGGUUUAUUCUGGAAUGUGUUUAUUCGUUGUUGUGUUCCUCAACCUGACUCUGACUGAGACCAGUGGAAAGACGCUCAGAGAAAUAGAACGAAAGAUGACCAAUCUCAAACCACUGCCAAUCCCGGCUGAGAAUAAAUUCGCGAAAUACUGAAUUUCAUUCAUCGCGGAUUCUCGUAAUAUUUAUUGGACGUUGUUCGCGCAUCGUUUUUUUUUUAAAUAUGAUUUUCAGUUUUCGGGCAAUGUGUCAAAGUGUAUUCUUGCGAACUUGAUGGAUUUAAGUUGCUUAGCGAAUAGAACGAUGAAGUCAACAAAAUA